UAAAACUUGUGUCUUGGGAUCAACAUAAUCGUCAAUUGAGCCGGGAUACCAGCCAGGCCCUGAAGCUUUAGUUUUGUAUACUGGGGCUGAUAGAUCAUAUCGGCCAUCGUCGACGCAUGGUACGUCUUAUGUCCGAUCCGGACAGCCGCCCAUCUGGUCGGCGCCGCCAUGUCACGACUGCCUGUAAAGCGUGCCGCGAGAGCAAGGUCAAGUGCGGUGGCGAGCGCCCAACAUGCCGCGGUUGUGCGUCUAGAGGCCGACAAUGCGACUACGGCGAGAUACUAGAUAAAAGGAAAAUUUCAUUGCGCAAGUCUGUCGAGAUGUUUUCUCGGCGAGUUCGCCAACUUGAAUCGUACCUCCAAGCAUGCGGAAUUUCCGUGCCGGAGCCAUUUCAUGCUGAUGCGAACAUGUUACAAUGGUUGACGGACUCGUACGCGCCACCAUCCGAUACGACACUCGCCGUGGGCGGACCUGUCCAUAAUUAUCUUGAAACGUUGGACAUCAAUGUCUGUGCGAGCUCUUCUCAAUCGAACGUUGAUCAAACAGUGAACGCAGAAUCCGGUCCAUCGGCACUAUUUGGGAAUGGCUCUUUUCCUCUUUCCGAUGCCAAUGAUGUGUCACAGCAAGGACAAGUCUUGGAGGGUAUUCAGGCAGGGCCUUUUUCAAGCAUCGACUUCACAUUCGACGCAGAUCUCGUAUGGAGCUCGCUGAUGUUACCUGCUCCGAAUCUAGGAAUAGAUGGCAAGAUGUCAGACUUUUGCCCGUUGUGGCCGAUGGGCUCAUUGCCAGCAGACUCGCAGAGGCAUGAUGACCACUCAAGCACGACACAUACGAUACCAGAGGAUGACGAAUCCACAGAUGAUGAGGAGCACUCUGAAAUCACAGCUCAGCUUUCUGGCAGACUUGGGACUUUGCUUCGCGCGCCAAAUGGCGAAUGGAGAUUUUACGGCGCUACUUCAAAUCUACAUCUUAUGCGUGACGAACACGCUGCAAGACCGCCACCUCAUGAUCAGCGGCACCACAAAGCCCAAGUCCGCCUCGAACAGGCAGGCCUAGGACAUUCUGUAAGCCGUGAGCUCAUCACACAUCUUGCAAACCUCUAUUUUACCUGGCAAGAUCCGAGUCUGCAUGUAGUUGAUAGAUUCGCAUUCGAGGCUGCCCGGGAAAGAUACAUCGACAGCUAUGAAGAAACCGGACUUUACUCCGAACUUUUAGUGAAUUCAAUAUGUGCAAUCGGAGCGUCGUUUGAGAGAGAGCGACACCCCGAGCUUCCCGGUCCUUUGAACGAGUUCUUUGCGAACCGCGCGAAGACUAUACUAGACUUAGACUUAGAAAGUCCUAGAAUAAGUACAGUACAGGCUCUUACCAUACUGAGCACUCACGAAGGCGCGACUUCCCAGGAUACUCGUGGAUGGCUUUAUAGUGGAAUGGCCAUUCGGCUUGCAUAUGACCUUGGUCUUCAUAUAUCGCCAGCAAAAUAUGUCACCAGCGGUGUGAUGUCGGCGGAAGAGGCAAGAGUGCGCAGGGUGGCCUUCUGGGGUGCCUUUUCGACGGAUCGCAUGUGGGGUUUCUAUCUUGGCAGGCCAUUUCACAAUAACCUUGAGGAUAUUCACGUCGAAAGACCUUCAACAGACGGUACAGAGUCGCCCAAGCAGACGUGGGCACCAUACGGUACUCCCGGCCGAGAUCCGCCAGCGUUACCUAGCUCGCAAGAGCUUUUGUCGGCGAGAUGGGUGGCUUUGUACGAGAUAAUGUCUAAUCUCGGACAUAGUUUGUACUUUCGAGUAGAUGUCACAAAAAUUGAGUUAGUUGCAUUGGGCGAAGAAACACUAAACAAGCUAGAGAAAUGGAAAUCUGACAUGCCGGAAGAACUGGCUGUGGAUAUUAACGCGUUAGACGCAAAGAUACAUCUUCCACAGACUCUUAUAAUGCAUAUGCAAUAUGCCUUUUUCAUCAUCACCCUACACAGACCAUUCGUUUCAAAGCACUAUAUACAACCGAGCCCCCUGGUUGGCAAAGGAUCGGAGCACGCACGUGACAUGUGUGUGCGCUCCGCCACAGAAAUAGCUAUUCUCAUUCAGGAGUACGAUAAGCGAUAUACCCUGCGCCGGGCGAAUAUCUUGGUGGUUCACUACUCUUUCACAGCUGCGUUAAUUCUAGUAUAUGCGACGAUAUCAGGGAACAGGCCGGACGUACAAGCAAAGUUGACAUCGCACUUGAAUGCAUGCUGCCAAGCUCUUGCCGAGCUAGGAAACGUCUACAAAAGUGCGACGAGAACACUAGAUAUCUUACUCUCGGUCAAGAGAAUGUGGCAAGCUAGACUUGUCGCAGGACUCGGACAAAAGCGGCCAAAACAUCGUGGUCGUGGAGAAGGACGAAAGAGGCGGGCUGUUGAUUCAUAACAACGCUGCCAAUCAGAACCAAGGGAGUGGUGUACUUCUCAAUUUUAUUUUGUUUAUCACAGCCCGCCUCCUUUACAAACGGAGGGGUGUUUUCUCUAUACACCCAAGUGCCUUUGGUGGUGCAAGUUUGAGUUCAAAAAUGAGUAGAACGAAACCUUCAACCCUCGGAAGCCCUCCGAGGCUCACUACCGGUAUUACGUAUGUAGUCAUUAACGAUGGAAACUCCAAGAACAAUGUGGGAAAGAGGAGGGACGAAGUAGAUAAUAUUAAUUGCUUAAUUGUGCUGGGAAGC